AUGGAUGCUGCUAGUCUUGUACUCAGUAUCGCGGCCCUCUACACAACAUGUCGGGACUGUUACAGUUUCUUCACUGCCGUGAAAACAGCAGAGGUAGAAUCUUCAGCUCACCUGCGCGAAUUGGAGAUUCAGCAGUCAAUUCUUAAAGCCUGGGGCUUUCAUUGGCAGAUUCAAAAUGAAGACGGCAGCGAGCCGGAACACUCCAAACACACUAGACAAAAGCGGACCAAACUUCAUGAGUACCUCUUGAGCAACCGAUUCAAGGCCGAAGGCGAGAAACUCAUCAAGCGCUAUGGCAUCCAGCUCCAACCCACCCAGGCCACCCAAGAUGGAUCACAGUCGACCAAUAACGUUCAGUUGACCAUCUCGAACACUACAAUUGAGGAUGUCAAGCCGGUGAUCAGUGAAGUCAAGAACCGUCUCUCUGUGCUUAAUAAGUUUAAAUGGGCUUUGAAGGACAAGGACAACUUUAAGAAACUUAUCACCGAUUUGAGAUCUCACAGCGAAUCGCUCUAUCGUCUUUGUCCCGAAAACGCGUUCGAGUCAAUGAACAUCUAUCUCACUAUGGAAUGCUUGGCCAGGCAGGAGUCGCCAGCAGGUCUGAAGUGGACUUCAAGACUCGCAACUCAGCAAGCAGAAGUCGAUGGAAGUUCGUCAGUGCGGGAAGGCUACGAAUUGCUGGCUUCGGCGGCCACUUUGAAAGCAUCGGUUAAUGAAAACAAAGGCAGGGAACAAGCGGAUGACAGGACUCUCACCAGCAUUAACGAAGAGCAACGUGAGAUGGGGUAUCUAGGAAAGGGCCUUGCCCUAUUUGAAGAGCAAGUCGUUUACGUGGAAAUGCGAGACUACCGCGGACCGCCGCUAGAACUCACUCCAGAGCAGAAACAGCAAAUGAAGCGUCGUCGAAAGCGGGCGCGCUUCUUGAGAUCAUUGUCAACGGAUGGCACGAUGAGCCGCCAUUACAGUAAGGCUAGCAUAGAUCAGAUUCCCGAAUACAGUAGCAGCGAUGAGGCUGAAGAAGAUGUGGAACCGAUCGAGAUAGUCAGACCAGCCGAUCCCAAGAUUCGCGCUCUCAUCAGGAACUUCUUUAACACCUUUCAAGGCGCGAACAUGAGGGAAAGCGUCUAUGGUUUGGAUAUCGCCGGUAUGAUCGACCACACAGAAGGCGAGCACAAAGGUCAUUGCAGCAUUCUGUACAAGCUCCCCGGCACGAUUGGCGUUCAGAGUCGUGAGCGGCCUGCGGAAAACCUGAUGCUUCGCGCACCUGUGACGCUGCAGUCACUCCUUGGAACGGGGCAGAAACAAGGCAUCCGAUCUACGCUCGGUGCGCGUUUCGAGCUGGCUAGAAAGCUUGUGCAUGCCGUUUGCCUGCUUCACUCUAGUGGCUGGCUACACAAGAACAUACGCGCAAAGUCAGUGAUGUUCUUUCCCGAACAUGUGAGUGCACUCCAGGAGGAUGGAUACGAGAUCAAGAUUGAGAUCGAUGUUUCAAAGCCUAUUCUGAUGGGCUAUAUCUUCUCACGGCCGGACGAUGUCCUCAUCCGAAUGAAUCCGCCAUCUGCGCCAAAAACAGAAAAAUACAGUCGCUCUAGCCACCGUACUCACGAUCGAAGCGAAAUCUCCAGGGUGUGGGAUGACCCGAUGGACGAGAGAGCAAAUUUGAGACGUAGAAAGGUAACUCCUCGAGCUGACAGCAUAUACGGUCGUAACAUGCUAGGGAAGGUAGCUGUGGCCGAGCAGACGAAAGAGAUAAACAUCAGUGGCUUCAUGCUUGACUAUUAUCAGCAUCCUGCGAAGCAUGCAGAUCCAAGACGCCUGUACCGUCACGCAUAUGAUGUAUACUCUCUCGGUAUUCUUCUACUUGAAGUCGGGCUAUGGGAGGAACUGAAGAACUACGAGGACUGGUACAGUGAGAAUCCCGGUUAUGACGAAGAGGAUCGUGACGAAGAGGAUCAUUAUGAGCGAAGACGAUGGAUUUGUCGAUCGUAUCUUGAUCGCCUAAGAUGGGCAUGUGGAGACACCUAUGCGGACGUUGUGCUCAGUUGUCUCAUGAUUGACAGCAGUGAUGACGAAGUGGCAAAGGCAAGCCAGAGGGAGCUUUGUGCUAGAAUUGUAGCCGACCUAGAGGGCUGUCAAGCUUAG